UAAUGGAAUUCAAUCGUGUUCAAGUUACUCGAGAGGAGCGACCCAAGUUGCCAGGAUUCCAGUAUAAGCUGAUGAACGAAUUAAUGCUGGAGAAAGCACAAAUACAUGGUAGGGAUCUACUUGAAGACAUACUUCGUUUGAUAAGCGCGUAUUAUACCUUUGGAUAUGGUAACAUCGAUCGAGUUAUCGAAGAGUGGACCGGUUCUGAUGAUUAUAGGCGAAAUUUGAUUGCAAUGAGGGAUAUCUAUGGUCUACGUAAUUCACCUUCCACAAGCCAAUUCCGCCAAUCUUUGCCCUCUCUGAGCAAAAUCACCGAAGGAUUUCCUCAAGUAUCGUUGGUGCUGGCUGGUAUGAUCGGUGCCAAGCUGGAUCAGUCUCGUCUAUGGUCUCAUAUAAGGGACUCGGACCUGGGCGCCACUGUCAAUCUGCAUUUUAAAAUGCUAUUUUUCCCUGUCCUCAUACUAACAAGAUCCAGUUUGAAAGCUCAAGUUGGUCUACUCGUAUUCAACCUGUGUAACACUCGGAGUAUCUUGAAAAAACGUGACAAGAGAACGAGAACCACCAUAUCAGCUUUCAAGAAGUCAUGUUCCACCUCGACCUACUUGAUGGAGCAAAACCUUGCUUCGCAAGAAUGCAAAAGAAAAUUUACCCAAUUCGUAGAGUCGCUGACCUUGGAUGCGAAUACAAUGUUUCAGGUGUGGAAAAAUGUAAUCGGCUCCAAUCGUGUUCCGAUUUGUGCAGAAACCAAGGUCACUCAUUUUCAUGAAAAAGUGCUGAAAGCACAGCCGUUAAACUUGCAUAAGUGGACCCAGCUGUUAGGCGAAGGAAACUCAAGGAAAUGA